UUUUCAUACUUCUGCGACAGUAUGCAAGCUCCAAGGUUUGCAUACUGCUGCAUUUCUAGAUAAAGCUCUUGCUGGAGUGAUCUGGGGAUGGCGGCCCGGGUACUGGUGUGGGUCCUGUGCCUGGCGUGGGCUUGGGCGACGUCCCUGGACACGCCCCCGGACACGUCCUCAGCCGUGUCUCCAUCCCUAAGGGUGGUCGGCACCCGGCUGGAGGUGGAUUUCGGACCUGCCGAUCCAGGGGCACAGCUCCUGCUACUGCUGCUUCCGGACCCCGGCCAGGGCUGCCUCUCUCCACGGGCGCUGGUCUUUCGCAGGGAGAACAUAACCCUUGGAAGACAAACCAUGAACUUCAGCAUUGCCAGCCUCGUUCCAGGGAACUACUGUGCGACGGUGAGCGGACCCGCGGCCAACGUGAGCUCCCUGCACCCGGUGGAAGUGGGGCGAAGCCCUCCCGCUACGGCCACUCCGGGCGGCUGCUCCAGCUGGAACGCCACCAUUGUCGUCACAGCCUCCUACACGUCGAGCUGGGUGGAGGCAGACGUGCAGGUGCAUCAGUGGCCCCAGUGCCGUCACCAGUUCCGUGUGGGUCUCUGGGAGGUCCUCCGGCCCCCCGGUCCCGGGGAAGAGCCGUGCGUCUUCGACAUCGCAAUUGUGCAAGAGGUGCAGCGCAGCCUCGAGGGGGUUAACUCCAGCGUGGUCCACUUUGAGAACAUGACGGCCGGGAACUACUGCGUUCGGGUGACGCCAAUGUGCCCUGGCAGCUCGGACUGCCUCACCCUCUUCUCCAAGGUGGUGGAGCUCCCAGAGGUGGUACAGCCGGAGAAGCAGCGGUCGUCCCGGGGACGGCCCAGCCCGGUGCUGGUGGCGCUGGUUGCCGUACCGCUGCUGGUGGUGGGGCUCCUGGGCUGCACCCUGGUGCAGCUCUGGAGGAGGCAUCGCUGCCUGCCCCCCGGCACCCGACCCCGCAAGCCGCCCGUGCCGGGCCCCGUCGGGGAGAAGGCGCCCCUCCCGCCGGACAUCCACGCGGCCCUCCCGGUGGUGAAGGUGGUGUACUCACGGGACUGCGAGGCGCACAACGAGGUGGUGUGGCGCCUCUGCACGCUGCUCCGGUCGGAGCUGGGCCUGGCCGUGGAGUACGACGAGGGCGCUCCGGGGCGGGCCCACCUGAGUGCUGACUGGGCCCUGGCCAUGGCGGACGUGGCCUGCCCGCUCUUCCCCGGGGCCGAUGGAGCGCCCGAGGGCCACCGUCGGGAGAGGCUGCUCGUCAUCGAGUCGGAGGGCGGCCUCAUCAAGCAGGCUGCCUACCGCCGGGACAAGGACGUGGGGCUGUCCAGUGGGAGCAUGUGGGACGACCUGUACCACACGACGUACACGGCCCUGCUGUCGCGGCAGGCCCAGGCACUGGGCGACUACUGCCACAUCCUGGUGGCGCGCUUCUCCUACAGCCCGUCCUCUCCGCGGCUAGACCUGGUGCCCGAGAAGCGCUACGUGCUGCCCACGCACAUGAGAGAGCUGCUGGAGGCCCUGCUGCACGGAUGGAUGGACGAGAAGGACGUCCCGGCACGCAUUCAAAGCGUCUGUGCCUCCGACGCCCACACCCACUUCCAGGAAGCCCUGAUGAACGCCUGCAACACCCUCGAGGAAAACCCGGGCCUCGUUAGGGACCGGUUCAAAGCCAUAGCAGACUGCUGAUCGGGCCGCACAGAGCGACAACUGGCGCUCGUCUGUCAUGGCAGUACAAAGAACAUGCCAUAUCAGAUUCUUUCUUGGGCCUGAAUACUGAACUCUGCUCAAAGGGUUCCGAAAGUGUUGAAUUCCACACCAAGAAGUGCAAGAAAAAAAUGGCGGCGAGGUUCUUCAGUUGCCCCGCCUCCAAUUGUAUUUUCGAUAACACUUUGACGUCUCACGGGCUUCGAGCGUGCGUGGACAGUCGAAGCUCGGCAGAAGGCUACAAGCGUGUGCCGGAAGCAGGGCCUCCCGAAGAGAUGGCCUACUGUUUUCAUGCUUUGAGUGACUAUGGCAGACACGGUGAUACCACGAAAUCUUCGGAGUCUCUAUGUUUGCAAAAAGCGUUGACUAUUCAUUGUACUUCAUGUCCUCUUGUGCCAACCACAGGAGAUCGCUGGUGCACCAUUCCAACGGGGGUGGGGGGUGGGGAAGGGGGUGCUUUAGACCCGGCAGGUUUUCGUCGUGGAAGCUAGUCCCAUCGCGUUGCGGCAUCCCUUCAGUAAUUAUGUCUUAUGCAGAAGAGGCGAGUAUUCCCGGUGUUCCCCCUAUACUCCAUCUUGCAUGUUGUGUGCAGUGUUAUCGAAAGUACAGAGGUAAGGGCAUAACGUAAGCAAUUGGAGAGCAGGGAGGAAGUUUCCUCUUUCAUGGACUGUUGUGUUCCCCACAUUUAUAUGUAAAAUUGAUGACCGGACAAGCACCCACCCCCGCUCUCGCGAUUAUUUUUUAAUUUUGAGUGGGCGCUUGCCCGGUAUUUUUUAUGGUACAUAGUUAGAGACAGGGGACUAAGAAUGGCAAUGACAAUGUCCAAUGAGCAAUAGGACGAGAGGACACCCUUUACGACAAACAGUUUUCUCUGUUUUUUUAUUUUUGUUUAUUUUUGUUUACAUUGCGGCACCGUUACUUUACGCACACUUUUGCGUCGGUAGCAGCGGACUGCAGGCUGGUCUCUGUUGGAAGAACCACGGCCAGCUGCUGGCCAGUCGGAAGACCUGCGGGGGUCGGAUUUGGCCUGCGGGCCGGGGGUUCGAAACCCCUGCUUUACACAAAAAGGGCUUUCCAUCUCCCGCCCGUGGUUCCUUCAGCACUGCAUGGAUCUUCUGAGAUGGGUUGCAGUAGAGCAUUUGUCCAUGCCCUCAGUGCCACCAGAGAAGUGUUCUGCUAAGAUUGACAUACGCCGAACGUCGCAAAGUGGCGGUAAAGUCUCUUAUGUAGGGCGACGUCGUGAAUUGACCCUGGAAACUAUGGGGAAUAUUCUAUAUGCGCGCAAUCAACGUGAUAUGCUCGGUCCCACGUGCCUGCUAGUCACGCGUACAUUCAUGUGCAUGUCGGAUGUUCUUUACUUGAAAGCACCACAUUACGUGUAAAAGGAAUAAAAACAUUACGAUGUACGGAGAUGUUCGUGCCACCCUGUG